AUGAUAGAACCCAACUGCAGUCUUAACCUUAUGGCAAGGAAGCAGGUCGCGAAUGAAGACGAAGACGCCAUGGAGCAGCUCUUUAUUCUUAAGUUGAAGGAUAGGAAGCCAGUGGAGUACAAUUCUGAGAUGUUCACGGGUGCUAUUCAGAACUACCCUACCUACGACAAGGAGUUUUAUGCACUUAUCAGUCGAUCAAUCAUUAGAGGGGUGUAUUUGUUGGAUAAAGAGGUGGUUGUGCACUCGGAUCAUAAGUCAUUUGAGUUCCUACAUGCCCAGAUAAAGCUGCAGCAGGAACGACACAUAAAGUGGAUGUGCUAUUUGAUGGUGUUCAACAUCAUCAUUAGGUACAAGAAGGGGGCGACUAACAUGUUGGUCGAUAUGUUAUCUUGGCCGCCAGUGAGGGAUUUAUUGGUGGCGAUGCGUAUUCAGCCCUUAGUUCCUUUGGAGUAUGUGCAGAUUUACACAUCCAGUAAAGACAUUAGUAGUGUGUUCGAUCAGGUUAAGGCUGGUCGAAGGGGGGAGUACGAGCUUGGAGAGGAUGGUUUGUUAUAUCGUGGGACAUCGCUUUCUAUUGUGGAGGAUGGUGAUAGGUUGUAG